CUGGACUGCGGAGCCUCGGCGCGGUCUGAGCUGGGGUAUCGGGGGUCAGGCUGGUGAUGAAAGGGAGGGUCGGGGCUACCAGGACAGGAAUCGCCUGGCUUUUAGACUUUGGCAAAUAAUUGGAGAGCACUGAAGACCGAUUCCUGCCAAGAGGCUCCGGCUUCGAGUGGCAUGUGGGGCCGCGUUCAGGACAGCCUGCUCAAGUGCCGUCUUGCAUUUCCCUCUUUGCAUCCAGGCCGCCAUGGAAAGGAACCUUCCUGACGGCACAGGCCCCGUGCACGUGCCUUUUGGGCACGUUGUUGCCAAUGAAAAAUGGCGUGGGUCGCAGCUGGCACAGGGAAUGCAAGGGAAAAUUAAACUUGUUUUUGAGGAUGGCCUGGCACCGGUAGAUUUUUACUUGUCUGCCAGAUCCUGCAUUCUUUAUAUCACAGAAGCCGAUCUGGUGGCAGGAAAUAGCUACCGAAAGAGGCUUGUUCGCGUUAGAAAUUCCGGUAAUCUUCAAGGAAUUGUAGUAGUUGAAAAAACGCGGAUGACUGAACAGUACUUCGGCUCCAUACAGAAGUUUACUGUGCUGGACCUUGGGAUGGUGUUGCUUCCAGUGGCCAGCCAGAUGGAAGCGUCCUGCCUCAUUAUCCAGUUGGUUCAAGAGCAAAUCAAAGAGCCCAAUAAGAACCCUUUUCUCAGGAAGAAACAGGCUCUGAUCUCUGAGCCGUCCCUACUUCGAACAGUGCAACAGAUCCCGGGAGUUGGGAAAGUUAAAGCUCCUCUUCUGCUUCAGAAGUUCCCAAGUAUCCAGCAACUAAGUAACGCUUCCAUCCAAGAACUGGAGCAGGUCGUUGGACCAGCAGUAGCGCAGCAAAUUUAUGCGUUUUUCACACGGUCCAGGUGACAGGAUCUUAUUCUCUUUUUAUAUUUAAAAAUCGAGAAAAAUGAUUUCCUCGCAGAGAAAGACAAGGUGAGGCCUGAGUGGAACCUGCCAGUUAUCCUGCACUGCUCUCUGGGUGCAGGCACUGAAGUUAGUGGGCCGCGAUGGUGCUGCCCUGAUUCUGCUGCCAUGAAGAGGGCCAGUGGGGAGGUCUUCCUAAGAAUGUCACUUGAAUUAGGGACUCAGAUUUAUCAAAAAGCCAUCUUGAACAGAUGUGAAUGUGUGACCUUGACGUGCAUCUAUCAUGGAAAGGUCUCAUCAAGUUUCAGGGGGUGGGUAUGACCGUCUAAAGGAAACAAACCUACAAUGAAGCACUGUGUACCAUAAGCCCCUUGUUCCUGGUGGCAGCAGGCCUGUUCUGCAGGCCUGAUCUUAAUGUACCUGUGCUUUGAGGGCUGCUGCCAGUGUAAAUAAACAAUUGUACAGCCUUUGUGCUUCCUCCAUCCCUCACUUCCUCCACGGUGGCUGCACUUUGUUUAUAAUCACUAGGCACCUCUGAACACAGAAAGCCUGGAGUGCAGAGUACCCACUUACAGGAUAAAAAGCCCAUGUGUAAG